AUGAAGAAUCUUUCCUUCCUUGACCUGUCCUACAAUAACUUCUCUGGGAAGCUACCUGGAAGCUUUGUCAUGGGUUGUACUUCACUGAAAUACCUGAAGCUCUCUCAUAAUAAACUUAGUGGACAUUUUCUUUCAAGAGAACCAGGUUUCACUUCACUAUCCGUGUUGAUAAUUAAUAACAACUUAUUUACAGGGAAGAUUGGAGAUGGUUUGAUUAGCUCCAGUGGGUUAUUUGUACUUGACAUGUCCAACAACUUUCUCACGGGUGCUAUUCCAAGUUGGAUAUCUAGACCCUCUUUGCAAUUCUUAUUGCUAUCAAACAAUUUAUUAGAAGGUACAAUAGCACCUUCUUUGCUGGCCAUGGCAUAUCUAGACAUCUCCGGAAAUCUAUUCUCUGGAGCCUUACCGACACCUGGUGAUAGUAUCACUGGGCGUAAUUUGUUCCUACAAGACAAUAACUUUACAGGGCCAAUUCCGGAAACAUUACUGGAUAGAGUCUUGAUUCUUGAUCUUUCAAAUAAUAAACUUUCUGGGAGAAUCCCCCAGUUUGUUAAUACCCAAAAUAUUAGUAUUCUUUUGUUGAGGGGUAAUCAUUUAACAGGAUAUAUUCCAAGGGAACUGUGUGAUUUGAGUAACAUCAAGCUUUUAGAUCUUUCAAAUAACAAGCUCAAUGGCUCCAUUCCUUCAUGUCUCUAUAAUUUAUCAUUAGGACGAGGAGGGGAGGGGAAGACGAGAAAUUACAGAGGAUACAGUGUAGCCAACCUUCAGUGGGAAUUUUACAAGUCCACAAUUGUGGUUGAGAACUUCAUGGUAGCCAACUUUGUUACAUUCCAGGAGAUAGAAUUCAAAUUUGCAACAAAGGAAAGGUAUGAUUCUUACGCAGGAAGAUCUGAGUUCAGCGAUGGAAUACUUGAUUAUAUGUUUGGGAUGGAUCUGUCACACAAUGAAUUAAGUGGUGCUAUCCCCAAAGAGCUUGGAAAACUGACAAGGGUUCGAGCCAUGAAUCUAUCUCACAAUUUCUUGUCGAGUUCUAUACCUUCCAGCUUCUCCAGUCUGGAAGAUAUUGAGAGCCUUGAUCUUUCCUACAACAAGUUACAAGGAAGCAUUCCUCAACAACUAACCAGCCUUACAUUUCUUGUAGUGUUGGAUGUCUCUCAUAAUAAUUUAUCAGGAAUCAUUCCCCAAGGAACGCAAUUUACUACCUUCAACGAGAAUAGAUACUCAGGCAAUCCUCUUCUUUGUGGACCACCGACCAAUAGAAGUUGUGAUGUUACAGAAAGCUCAGAUGAUGCAGAUAAUGGAAGAGAAGAGGAAGACAAGGAAGGUGUGGUUGACAUGUUGGUUUUCUAUUAUAGCACUGCUUCAACUUAUUCAACAGCGUUGAUAGGCAUUCUACUGCUUCUGUGUUUUGAUUGUCCAUGGCGUAGAGCAUGGAUCCGCAUUAUCGAUGCUUUCAUAGCGUCAGCAAAAAACAUGUUUCCUUAA